UGGUGUUCGUGCACGAGAGCAGCCUGUCGAGAAAGAGCCAUAUGUGAUCGGGCGUUCUGGUCUUUCUACUUUAACGCGAUCGAUUUACAUGCAAAUGAAAACAUGUUUUCGUAGCGUCGGAUCAUUCCCGUCAUGACCUCACCGGGCCGCCCCUCCAGUUGAAUGGGAUUCCUGCUCGCCUCCCUGUCGCUCGUCUUGGCACCGACUGUCUUUACUGCUGCUUCAAGCUCCAAGCCCCCGAUUUUAGGAUCUGUGAGCUUUUUUUUUUUGGUUUCUCCGAUCAGUUCAUGAAUGGUUUGAUGCGAAAUCCGCCUGUCUGAUCGGCAGAAGAGUGACGACGCCAAAUCUCCAGCAGCCUGCGCGUCAGGGCUUCUACCAUGGGGGGAUCCAAGAGUAAGCCCAAGGAUGUCGGCCAGCGAGCCCGCAGCCUCGACGGCAACCUCAGCUCAGGCGGAGGGGCUGGCGGUCACCACCACAGCUCCAACCAACAGUCCUUAACACCCAACCGAAGCCCUACUAUUGAUGGAGGUCUGGGUGGUAAUCAGUCUAUGACCAAUAAUGCGGAGCUGGCCCUGUUUGGAGGCGUGGACAAUAACAGCGUCACCUCUCCCAACAGACUCACACUAGCAGGAGGUGUGACGACCUUCGUGGCAUUGUAUGACUACGAGUCAAGAACAGCUUCAGACCUCUCCUUCAGGAAGGGUGAACGCCUCCAGAUAGUUAACAACACGGAAGGCGACUGGUGGCUGGCGCGCUCCCUGACCACUGGAGAGAGCGGUUACAUCCCCAGCAAUUAUGUGGCUCCAUCUGACUCCAUCCAGGCAGAAGAGUGGUACUUUGGUAAAAUCACUCGCCGCGACUCUGAGAGGCUGCUGCUAAGUUUGGAGAACCGAAGGGGGACUUUCCUGGUGCGAGAGAGUGAGACCACCAAAGGUGCCUACUGUCUGUCUGUUCUGGACUAUGACAACACCAAAGGGCUGAACGUGAAGCACUACAAGAUCAGGAAGCUGGACAGCGGAGGCUUCUACAUCACAUCGCGUACGCAGUUCAGCAACCUGCAGCAGCUUGUCAACCACUAUCGCAAGCACGCUGAUGGGCUGUGUCACAGUCUGACAGACAUCUGUCCUGUGCUGAAGCCGCAGACUCAGGGCUUAUCCAAGGACGCCUGGGAGAUCCCCAGAGAGUCCCUGCGUCUCGACCUCAAGCUCGGGCAGGGCUGCUUCGGAGAGGUCUGGAUGGGAACAUGGAACGGUACGACACGGGUGGCGAUUAAGACCCUGAAGCCCGGCACGAUGUCCCCUGAGGCCUUCCUCCAGGAAGCUCAGGUCAUGAAGAAGCUGAGGCAUGAAAAGCUGGUUCAGCUCUACGCUGUGGUGUCCGAGGAGCCCAUCUACAUCGUCACGGAGUACAUGGGACAAGGUAGCUUACUGGAUUUCCUGAAAGGGGACAUGGGUAAGAUGCUCCGCCUCCCCCAGCUGGUGGACAUGGCCUCACAGAUUGCUUCAGGGAUGGCGUACGUGGAGAGGAUGAACUACGUGCACCGAGACCUGAGAGCUGCUAACAUCCUGGUGGGAGAUAAUCUGGUUUGCAAAGUGGCUGAUUUUGGUUUAGCUCGCCUCAUUGAAGAUAAUGAAUAUACUGCCAGGCAAGGAGCCAAGUUUCCCAUCAAGUGGACGGCUCCCGAGGCUGCUCUGUACGGCCGCUUCACCAUUAAAUCUGACGUAUGGUCAUUCGGGGUCCUGCUGACGGAACUGGCCACUAAAGGCCGAGUGCCCUAUCCAGGUAUGGUAAACCGGGAGGUGUUGGACCAGGUGGAGCGCGGCUACAGGAUGCCGUGCCCAGCAGAGUGCCCCGAGUCCCUGCAUGAGCUCAUGCUGACCUGCUGGAGGAAAGAGCCCGAGGAGAGGCCCACCUUCGAGUACCUGCAGGGCUUCCUGGAGGAUUACUUCACCUCCACGGAGCCUCAGUACCAGCCGGGAGAGAACCUGUAACCGGGCUGGGAAACGUGCAUGCGUCAUGCAUGCGCAAAACUGAGCAUGUGCAUCCACUUCAGAGUGCAUGGAUGAGUAUGUGUGAGGGGUAUGUAUGUACAGUAUAACGGGGCAGAAAGCCGACUGCAUUCUGGGUACAAUCAGUGAGACAUUGAGGAGUAUCAGUGGGACAUCAAACCAAUCAUUCAGUUCCUGCCUCUUUCCAAAGUCACUGUCAGCUCUCAGACACGUCCGCUCCAAGGGUUUUCAAAGUAAAAGACUAAACUGUGGUAUUAUUUUGAGUUUUAUCAUACUGUGUAAAUUUUCUCUAUAAAAUCAACACCCUACACACCCAAGCAGGAUUUUCUACCUUCUUUGUGUUUGUAAGGUGCCCGUAUAAUAUACAUUCCCCAUGCACUCUUCCUGUGUUAAGUGACUAUGGCAUAAAAAGACUGCGUUAUUGUCAAACUUGGGAGUCCAGAGGAUGAAAGCUGGAGCGCUGUCCUGCUGAAAGCAUCACUUCAGGAUGUCUAUUUUUACUACAUUAUCUUUGGGAUACCAUUUGAAACAUUCAAGAGUCUGUCUUCCAUUUUGCGACUUAAGAAGAAACUGUUUGGGACAUACAUUUUGCCGGGAUAUUGUGGGUUUUAUUUUGCUAUCAGACCUGGAUCAACUGGAACAUAUUCAGGUGAAUGAUUUUAUUUUAUAACGAUGCUUCCCCUGUGCAACAUUUCCACUAGUUUCCCAACUGCUGUGAGACUUAGUACGAGACCAACACCCUUUAUACUUAUAAGAGUGUGCAGUCUUAUUUGCCGAAUUGGUUAAUCGCUGUGACCAACAUACAGCUCAACUCAAAGAAGAGAAGAGGCGGCGUUUGCCUCUCUAUUUUCUAAUUAUGACUUUUCUUACAAAAAAAAAAAGGCUACUGAUCACUAACGGUCAUCUCAGGAUGGAGAAGACAAGAAUUCUGCUGCAAGGAUUUUUGUGCCAAUGAAAAUCUCUUUUGUACUCUCUUCUACUGUGUAAAAGUGUAUUUUACUACUUUUCUUACAAUGAAGUUUGAGUUGCGAAAGCAGUUCUACUUUGUAAAGGAAUAAUCCACUGUUUGCUCCUGCGCCUGUGUACAGAACCAACCGGCUCACCAGCAUCGGUUUCAAGAUGCUGAUUUGUUUUCAAGCAUUUAAAUUAAAAUCAGGUGAAUCUUCUUUAAUGUCUCCUUUCAGUUCUGGACUUUAUUAAAGCUGGGGUAGGUAGAAAUCUGGAAUAGGCGAAAAAUAGAGCUGCUGCUUUCUCUCCUUUGCCUCUGGCAGAAGGCUAAACUAUUAGCAACAUUUUCACUCCAUGUCUGAAACACCUUGCCGAUAUUGUUGGGGUUUUCUUUCGUUUAUUGUCAGACUCUCUUUUAGACCUUUUUUGAUAAGUCCAUCUUCCUUUUUUGCAGUGCAGGCAGUUUUCUCUGCAGGAAUGAAGUGGUUGGAUGGACUUUUUUUUUUAAGCGCAUACCCUAUAUUAAUUUGUGUUGGGACAUUACCAGAAUUUCAACCAAUUUAAAACAAAAAAAUGGCUCUAAAAUAAGUCCCCUACCCCAGCUUUAAUAUGAGGAAUUCUAUCUUUAAUAAGCCUCAGUUAUUUUCCUAAUUAGUGCAUCUUUGUGCACGAUCAUACACUGGAGAUAUUAUGUUUCUGUGAUAAAUGAGCGGCAGUGGUUAUGCCUCCUUCCAGCCUGUAAGGAGUAAGAGGAGAAAGCCUUCCCAUAUAAACAGCAUGUAUAGCAAAUGAAUUGGCAUCUUGAAACUUAAUUGUAAAUACCCUUAAUGCUAUUUUUUUUGUAUAUAUCAUCUUUAUAAUUUAUUCCUUUUAAGAUAACCCAAUUGUUUAUUUUGCCUUUGGCAUCAUCACUCAAACUUUAAUGUUUAUGGUACUUUUAUGGGUUCAAUAACAUCUGACAAUAAUGAUAUAAAUAUAUAUAUAUAUUAUAGAAACACUUUUACAUUACAAGUAUGUUUUUUUUGUGGGCACGUAUUUCUGUGAAAUGUAUCUUGGUUGUACAUUUUCAAAAUGACCGACAGAACUGGUGACUCUCGGCUGUUCGGUCUUGCCAGAUACUGAUCGUCUACCAGCAUUACUCCCUCCCAUCAUACAAUCAAAACCACAAAUGUUUACAUCGUGAUAAUCUUCGAAUAAUUUUGGUGCUGCUUCAGAGGCUGGUAAAUGAGCAGGAAAUCAAAUGUCAUUCUUGGGUUUUUUUUGUUGUUUUCUGGGUACACCUCUGUGCUGCCAUCGUCUGUGCUUCCACAAUCGCUCAACGGUUUGAUCUCCAGCUCGUUGUUCAUAAAGCUCAUUAUGAUUACAUAACUCCAUACAGAAGAUGAUGUGACUGCCACCAGUGGGAGGAGUUUGAUGUAGCGUCUACUGUGUCCUGUGGACAUGGGUUAUGCCACAAUGAAUGCAUUGAGCUGCAUGGGUGUGGUCAGGUUGUGUGGCUUUGUCCCCAACUUUUCACACCGAGCGCUGAGGAGCAAAAAGUGCACGAAAAAAAGAUGGUAUUGUUUGUACGCAGCAUUGCUUACAAGCCAAGGACUUUUUCCUGUGGGGUUCUGUGGGUCUUCUUUCUGGCUAUGCAGAUAUUUUUUUAAAUCUGUGAUAUUCCUAUAUAUACUCUUUUCUACUGUAUCUGAUGGGAAUUUUCAGACGAAUAGCGCUUUGUUAAAUCCUACUGAAUAUUGCUCAAAUUUGAAAAAGUACAUUUGAAUAAAAUUUGUAUAUUGCCGACUGUA